CAGAUUUCAUGGUCACGAGGAAUUUUUGUUUGUUUCUAAUCAGCGCACCGAUUGCGAGCGGGUCUGUAGAUGCUUCUGUGAGAGAACAGCGACUGACUUCACGUCAUUCGGUGGAGCGAGCACUGGGAAGUGGAGCGUGUGGUUCAUGUGCGGAGGAGGAGGGGAGUGAGAUUGUUGGCGUGGAGGAGAGGAGAGAGGGGAGUUUGGAGAGUUGCGAGAGAGAGCCUAGAGUCAUGGCGACACUCGAUGUGGCCCGAUCAGAGAUCGCCUUCCUGGUGAUGUAUCUUAAUAAGGCUGAGGCACGGGACAAAAUUUGUCGCGCGAUCCAGUAUGGCUCCAAGUUCAUUAGCGCGGGCGAGCCUGGGGUUGCGCAGCAGGUCGACAAGACUACUAGCUUGGCGCGUAAGGUUUUCCGUCUAGCUAAGACUUUGAAUGAGUUGAAUGCGCUUCUUGCUCCACCACCGAAAGCAACACCAUUGCCGAUUGUACUCCUUGGCAAGGCGAAAAAUGCGUUGGUCGGAACCUUCUUGUUCCUUGAUCAAAUUGUGUGGGCUGGAAGAACUGGCAUUUACAAGGAUACGGAACGCCUGAACCUCAUCUCCAGGAUUUCUCUCUUUUGUUGGUUGGCAGGCACUUGCUGCACAACCCUUGUUGAGGUUGCAGAAAUUACUCGUUUAGGAUCCACCACGAAGAAGGUAGAGAAUGAGUUGAAAAAGGCACAAGGUUCCCCCAGCAUUGAAGAAAUGAAACUGAGGGAACAGCGAAAAGAAAACUUGAAGAAGUCUAGGGUAAGAUCAUUAAACUUAAUCAAGUCAGGCAUGGACAUUGUGGUUGCUGUGGGGCUGCUUCAGCUGGCUCCCAAGACCAUCACACCGCGCGUUACUGGGGGCCUGGGUUUCAUCACCUCAGUAAUAUCAUGCUACCAGUUGGUACCACCUCCACCAGUUAAGGCCAAGGAGGUCUGAACAUGUUGAAGUUUUUCUACAUGCAAUUUGUCGUGGGAUGAUUGAUCCAUGUAAUUUUGGGUAGCCUCUUUGUGCUAUUAAGCUUAUGUGAUAGUUAGCAAUAAACCACUAGUUGCUGAUGUGACAAAGCUGCAACAGAAGCCCCGUUCGAUUGUACCCGAUUGAACGAUGGUUCUAUAAGAGAUUUUCUGAGGUGAUGUAUGUGGAUCACUCAAUCUGCUACUCAUAUAUUCUUGUCGUCACGAGUGGUGUUUGAUUUGGUAUCAUCUUUUUAUAUCAAACUCGGGUGGAGGCUUCGUGGUAUUUGAUUUAAUAGUACUACACAAGUCUUGACACUUGAUAGGAGGUUUGACUCUUUUUUGGAGAAGCCCA